AUGGUUCGUCUUAAAAAUGUAGGCACAGACACGUUUAAUAAGAACACUAAACCUCCAGUCACGAGGAAGAGGAAAUUGACCGCAAGUAACAAUGAAAAUGUAGAUCCAAAUUCAGAACCGGUGAAAAAUCAAAAUGAAAACAAAGGUUCAGCUGCGAAACUCACUGCUAAAGCAAAUAUUCAACCUAAGAGAAGCAGAAAGAAAACGAAGGACGUGAACACUGAACCAAAUGCAGCAACGAGAAUUAGCGAUAAGUGUAAUAACAACACUAAACCUCCAGUCACGAGGAAGAGGAAAUUGACCUCAAGUAACAAUCCAAACUCAGAACCGGUCAAAAAUCAAUCUGAAAACAAAGGAGAUGCUGCGAAAGUCACUGCUAAAGCAAAUAUUCAACCUAAGAGAAGCAGAAAGAAAACGAAGGGUGUUAACAAUGAACCAAAUGCAGCAACGAGAAUGAGUGGAGCAUGUAUACCACUCAAAUAUAUUUUUAGAAAACUAAUUGAUGAUGUUGAAGGCAUAUCUAAACGAACUACCAUCCCGACGAAGGAAAAGCCUAAACGUAAGAAUGGAAAACCAGUCGGGCCAACACUUUCUACACAAGACGAUGAAGGGGAUUACGAACACAUUUUCCAAUGCAGUAGUCCUGAUAGCACAGACACAGAAGAUGGUGAUAAUGAUAAAUACCAACCUUCUCCAUCACAUCUGCAACAAACGCAUAUCUCCGAACAAGAACCUCCUUCGACCGUACACAUAGUUCCAACACUUCCUGAGAGUGUGAUUACUCAAGAAACUGUUCAACCUUCUCCAACUCUGAAAAAACGAAAGAGAGUGAGUAUGGCAAAAAAGAAAGAAACUGUACCCGAUAAGAUUGUAUACAAUGACGAGGGUGACAUGACUUAUUCGUGCGUGCAUUGUGGUGCUAAAUUUUGUAAGGGGAAACACGCAUCCAAGCCAGAUAAGAAGAAUAGACUCAGGAAGGACAUCAUUGAUGCGCUGACAAAGAUGCUCGACGAUGUCAACCCCUAUGUCAAGAAUUUCAGGACUGCAAGAGAAAGAUUUAACACUAAUCCUGAAGAUAGUUUUCAUAUGAGGAUAAUUAGUGAUCGUGUUACAGAUGGUAGAACUUACAAUGUUCCAACUGUGUCUGAGGUUGCUGCAAUUAUUCCCGGAGAUUUCAAUUUAGAAAUGGGUACAAGACGGGAUAUUGUUCUAGAGAAACGAUCAGCAAGCUGCGACGGAUAA